AUGGCGGCCAUGAAACUUUCUCAUCACGACUACACCGUUGGCUGGGUUUGCGCGUUGCCACUGGAGAUGACAGCUGCGAAACUCAUGCUCGAGGAGAUUCAUGAGCUCCUCCCCCAACCUCCAACCGAUCCUAACGCCUAUACACUUGGCAAACUGGGGGAACACAAUGUCGUUAUCGCCUGCCUGCCCUCAGGUGUUUAUGGGACUACAUCUGCUACAGCUGUCAUAGCUAAGAUGCAUUCAACAUUCUUUUCUCUAAAAUUUGCCUUGAUGGUGGGGAUUGCAGGUGGUGUACCCCACAAAAGCACCGAUGUUCGUCUUGGGGAUGUGGUAGUUAGCAUGCCAUCAGGUACUUAUGGAGGUGUGGUGCAAUAUGAUUUUGGGAAGACACUGCCCGAUGGACGUUUCCAACGUACCAGCUCGCUCAACAAGCCCCCUCAGCUAUUACUCAACGCCGUGUCCAAAGUGCGCAGCGAAUAUAUGAUUACGGAGGCAGAUAUUGACGGUACUAUCUCUCGUAUACUGAACACAAAUGAGAGGCUAAGACAGAAUUUCUCACGACCUCAGAAGGACUGGCUUUUUAAUGCAGAAUACAUACAUGCGAGUAAUCAUCCUGAUUGCUUGGAAUGUGACCAGACCCAGUUAGUGAGACGAGCGUCCCGAAACUCUUCCGAGCCUCAUAUUCAUUACGGUCUGGUGGCGUCUGCAAAUCGAGUUAUGAGGGACGCAAAAAUACGAGACUCUCUUGCCCAAGACUUGAACGUUUUCUGCUUUGAAAUGGAGGCAGCUGGACUCAUGGAUCAGCUCCCUUGCUUAGUGAUCCGAGGCAUUUGUGACUACUGCGACUCCCAUAAGAAUAAAGAAUGGCAGGGAUACGCAGCGCUUGCCGCUGCUACUUAUUCUCGGCUCCUUCUGACAGUUGUCCCGUCUCAAGACAAUAUCAGCCACAGAAAUCACGCAUUAGCUCAACAGAACGAAACACUGAAAAGUAGACGGAUAGCUGCUCUGAAGAAACUCUACGUGUCGCUGUAUCAAGACCAAAAGAACCGGAACCCUGACCGAAUACCUGGAACUUGUGAAUGGUUCAUCUCACAUCCGAUCUUUCAAGACUGGGAAUCAAGUAAAACAUCACGAAUGCUUUGGGUCUCUGCAAAUCCUGGAUGUGGCAAGUCUGUCCUUGCCAAAUAUCUCGCAGAUUCUGUUCUCACGCACGGUUUGUCUCGAGCAGUUGGAUAUUUCUUUUUCAAAGAUGACUUUGAUGAUCAAAAGAGUAUCACAAAUGCGCUAUGCUGUAUACUUCAUCAGCUCUUUGACCAGAAGCGUGACCUGCUGACUGAAACCAUACUUGAACGAUUUGAAAUGAAUGAAAGGGUCACCAGCUCAUUCAGUGAGCUCUGGAACAUUCUGAUCAAAGUUACCAGUGAGGAAAAUACUGGGGAGAUCGUUUUUCUUUUGGACGCCUUGGACGAAUGUGAACAACAUGGAUGUUCCCAAUUUAUGGAAGCUUUGCGCACGCUUUAUAAAGAUGAGAGCCAACAGAAUUUCAACCUCAAAUUCCUAAUUACUAGUCGCCCUUACAGUCACAUCCGACAGGGCUUUCAACCUCUUAAUAUACCUGGACAGCCUGUUAUACAUCUUAGUGGCGAAAGCGAUGUUGAAACGAAGAAGAUUUCUCAAGAGAUUGAUAUUUUCAUUGAAGCUAAAGUCAAUGACGUACAAGAUCGACUACAACUCACAGAUAGUGAGCGCGACACGUUGCUUGAAAACCUGACGCGUGUCACUCAUAGGACAUAUCUCUGGGUCUACCUUACUUUGGGGGACUUGGUCCAGAAUAAGGACUAUAUUGACGAAAGAGGAAUUGUUGAGGCUACUUCUCAUCUCCCACAGACUGUUGAUGAGGCAUAUGAACGAAUCCUGGCCAGGAGUACGGACUUUCAAAAAGCCAAGAAACUACUUUACAUUGUGGUUGGAGCCCUACGGCCCGUAAGCCUCAAGGAAAUGAAUCUCGCGCUGGCUCUAGAGAAGGGUCAACAUUCUUAUACCAACCUCACUCUCGAACCGGAGAACCGUUUUCAGGAAGGGAUCCGGUCUAUAUGUGGGCUCUUUAUUAUGAUUGUUGAUUCCAAAAUUUAUCUCCUCCACCAAACAGCAAGGGAGUUUCUGGUCGCUCGGGAGGGGAUGGUUGAUGAUAUUAAUCAGUCAUCUAAAUGGAGACAUUCUCUUCGAUUGCAAGAUUCACACUGCCUUCUUGCCAAUAUCUGCAUCCAACAUCUGCUUUUCACUGAUUUUGAGAAGACUCCAUCAUCUGCUGAGAUCGGACCCAGUCGCGAUCAUUCUGUCUUCCUGGACUACUCUGCUACAUAUUGGACAACUCAUCUAUUGGAGUCAAAACUCCAACUAGAGGACAUGCUACCAGACCUUAAUAUAAUUUGUGAUGCAAGCACAAAGCGCUGUCAAACCUGGCUUCAAAUCUAUUGGGCUUCUUUAAACGCGAAGUUCCCAACUGGUUUCACCACUCUCAUGGUUACAUCAUAUUUUGGGCUUACACCCAUCACCAAACACUGGACGGAAACUGACGGAAUUGACGUUGACGCCAGGGAUCAUGUUUACGGACGGUCUGCGCUUUCUUGGGCAGCAGGGAAUGGCCAUAUUGCUAUUGUGAAGCUCUUGACCGAAAGGUCUUGGAAAAGAUUCUUCCAAGCAAGGGCGUUUGUUGACUUAGGAGAUAAGCAUAACCGGACUCCGCUGUCAUGGGCAAUCUUGAAUGGUUAUGAGGAAGCAGCUCGUGUACUGUUUAUGGCUGGAUCUGACAUUAAUCUGGCUGAUGAUAUUGGAGGGACACCGCUUUACUAUGCCAUCUUAAGCGACCGUCGUCACUUAUUAGAGCUUUUCACAAGAGAAAGAACUCAGCUGGAGUCAAAAGAUGAUAUGCAAAAAAGGUUACUACUUUCAGCUGUGAAGAAAGGACAUGAACCGGUAGUGAGAAUGCUGCUUGAGCAAGGUGUCGAUGUGGAGUCUAGGGAUAAUGAACAUGGUCGAACCCUGCUCUCAUGGGCAUCCGGCAAUGGCCACGCGGCAGUGGUUAAGGUCUUGCUCGCGAAGGAUGCCAAUGUGCAAUCCAGGGAUUGCCAAUACGGUCGAACACCGCCCUCCUGGGCGGCUGAGAAUAUGCACUUAGUGGUGUUAGGACUCCUGCUUGAUAGGUCUGGUUUGGAGUCAAAGGUACAUGUUCAAAAGUUCCGGGACAUAGUUGGAGCUAUUAUCACUCUUCAGGCUCCUAUCUCAGUUGAUACACUUGCAAGUUUCCUCGGUAUACCUAUGAGUGAUAUACUUGAUCCACUAGUCUCACUGCAGUCACUUCACCCAGUCCUUCAUCUGCCAACAGAUCCUAACGCUCUCAUCCAAUUUUUGCAUUUACGUUUCCGAUACUUUCUCCUCCACACGAAAACAGCCCUUCGGGUAGAGAAGAACGAAAUGCACAAAAUAAUAGCUGACCGAUGUUUAUACAUCAUGAACAGUUUGCUGAAAGAGAAUAUUUGUGGCUUGCCAAGCAAUGCAAGUGAGUUCAAGGACAUCAAGGACCAGAUAGUUCACCAGUGUCUGCCCAAACACUUGCAAUACUCGUGUUACCAUUGGGCAUAUCAUCUGGUGCAAAGUAACGAGCUUGCCAGUGACGAAGUAAUAAGCUUUCUGGAACAGCAUUUCCUUCACUGGCUGGAAGCAAUCUCAAAUUUAGAAAUCUCGGAGUUUUUACAUGAUGCGCGGCGACUCAUCCUCAGAAAUAUGGCUUGCUCUGCCCCGUUACAGAUUUAUUAUUCUGCAAUUGCUUUUGCUGCUGAGAAGUCAAUAAUGAAAACCAUCCAACUUACACCUAUAAGAGGAAUUACCAUGUUACCAGGAACUACGAAUUCAUGGGAUACGCGCCUUCAGACCGUUGAGGGCCAUUCAGAUAAGGUCAGGACUGUAGCCUUCUCACCAGACGGCCAGAUACGGGCCUCAGGCUCCCAUGAUCAAACCAUCCAGCUGCGGGAUGCCAAGUCUGGAAAAGGUCUCAUCCUUGAGAGCUAUUUACGUAAGGUUACAACUGUGGCCUUCUCACCAGACGGCCAGAUACUGGCCUUAGGCUCCUUUGAUGGAAAUAUCCUGCUACGGGAUAUUGAAUCUGGAAAAUAUUUCCACACCCUCCAGUGCCAUUUAAGUCCAGUUAUUACUAUGGUCUUCUCACCAGACAGUCAGAUGCUGGCCUCAGGCUCCGGUGAUAAAACUGUCCGGCUGUUGAAUACUAAGUCCGGCAGUCAGCGCCAGAUCUUUAAGGACCAUUCAGGUUGGGUCAGCACUGUGGCCUUCUCUCCAGAUGGCCAGAUACUGGCCUCAGCCUCCCGUGAUGGAACUGUCCGUCUGUGGGAUACUAAUUCCGGCAAACAACUCCAGAUCCUCCAGUGCCAUUUAAGUCCAGUUAUUACUAUGGUCUUCUCACCAGACAGUCAGAUGCUGGCCGCAGGCUCCCUAGGUAGAACCGUCCAGCUAUGGGAUACUAAGUCUGGCAAAAGGCUCCAGACCCUUGUGGGCCAUACACGUUGGGUCAGCACUGUGGCCUUCUCUCCAGAUGGCCAGAUGCUGGCCUCGGGCUCCCAUGAUGGAACUGUCCAGCUGUGGGAUACUAAGUCCGGCAAACAACUUCAGGCCCUUAAGGGCUAUUCAAUUUAG